UUUACCUUUAUACCCUUUGUUAUAAGAAUAGAAAAAAAAAACAUUUCAUUUCAUUCGAUCGCGAAUCGUGUCGUCUCCUCUCGGGAAUCUUCAAACCCUCACCGGCACUGUCGUCUCCGACUCGGGAAUCGUCGUCUCCGGCUCGGGAAUCAUCUUCUCCGACUCGGGAAUCGUCGUCUCCGGCUCGGGAAUCAUCUUCUCCGACUCGGGAAUCGAAGUCUCCGGCUCGGGAAUCAUCUUCUCCGGCUCGCUAAUCGUCUUCUCCGGCUCGCUAAUCAUCUUCUCCGGCUCGAUAAUCAUCUUCUCCGGCUAUCUAAUCAUCAGCGUCACACUCUCUACUCUCAAAAUCGGUAACUUUUUAAAAUUAGGGUUUUUGAAUUAAAAUUUGGGAAGCUUGCGUUUUGAUUUUGAUUUGUGUGUUACUCGUUCUUAUUAACAAGCGAAGCAAAUGAAGACUUUUGUGUUGUUUUGUAUUUGUGUUAUUUCAGGAAAGCCUUCCAGAAAAGUUUGAAAUUUUUUUUUUCCUUGUUUACGCAGGAUAGAAACAAGAUGGGAGAUUCAGUACCUCUAAAACUAGCACUGCCAGAGCUGAAGUAUCCUAUUGGUUCACAGCCAAAAGAAAAGUCAGCAAUCAACCAAUACUCUGGUUCAGAUUAUAUCUCUAUUGUCAAAAGCAUCCUAAAACCAGAUGAGAUGAUAAGAGUCCGAGGAUCAUUUCUGGGACCUGUAAUGAAGCUCAGUGAGAGAGGAUUGAAGUUAUCAGCAAAGAUAGUCUACGCCAUUCUCACUAGAAGCAUCGUUUCUGUCAAGGAGAAUGAAGCCUGGUUCCAUUUCGGUGCGCAGCCAAUGAGGUUCUCUAUAAGAGAAUUUCAUAUGAUGACAGGCUUGAAAUGUAGUGGUGCAUUAGAAGGACCACGAAGGGAAACCGAGAGAUUUAAUUGGGAAUUGCUAAAGGGGCGUAGUCAUAAGUUAAGUGACGUGGUGGACCAGCUCAGAAACACAAGAGAAGAUGCUUCUGAGGAGAGAAUAUGCCUCGCAAUGCUCAUCCUGGUAGAGAGCAUAUUAUUGCGGAAGAGCAAAGGAGGGAGUUUUCCUUUGGAAUAUGCGAAAAAUGCACAGGAUAUGACAUAUCCAUGGGGAAAAGAGGCUUACAUUGUGCUCCUGAAGUCAAUUCAAAACGCUGUCGCGAAUCAUUUGGAGAAUAAAUCCAAAUUUGAGUUGCAAGGUUAUCCUCUAGUAUUCCUUCUUUGGAUACUAGAGUCGAUUCCUUUGCUAAGGAAUAAGUUCAGUAAGUGUGUACCAACAGUUGAGGUUCCUGGGCCGACUUACUUGUGUGAAAAAUACACUGAGAUAGAGAAUCCAUCACUUGAUAGGGUUUUACAGGUUGAAGCUGAUACAAAGCUGAAGGUCCAUUGCAUACUACCUUCUAUUCCUCAUGAUCCAGAAGAUGAUAUCUCCAUUGAAGACAAAUAUAGUGACGAGUUGGAAACAGUGAAAGAUGUAACAAAGAAAGGGUACAAGAUUACAGCCGAUGACUGGGAAAAUAGGUGUGUAGACACAUUUGACACAUUGGAUGCUCUUAUUCAAAUGAUGGCAAAUAAGGAGACUGGCCAAGCUUCUACUCCGAUUGAUGAGGAUUCAGUAAAUGAAAAAGUGAACAGGAUCAUCACGGUAAUGGAGGAGAAUCUGAAGAGCAUGAAGGAUCGAAUGUCAUUACUGGAAGAAGAAAACAUACAUCUUAGAGCUCGUGUGUCAGAGUUGGAAGGAAACAACAAUGUUUUUCCCACUAACGUGACACAAAAGGUAAAUUCUCAAAACAUCUUCUUUUACAUUUGCAUUUUCAAGUAUUUUUUGGAAGAUCUUGUACAUAUUCUUGAAUGCCUUCCUAAUAUUUGACAAACAGCGAUCCAGUGGG